CAACCUCAUCCUUUCGCCAAAAAAAAGGGGGGCCGUUAAGGGGGCAAACUGCACCACGUAUUUCUCCGGUUGCUGAAUCCUGGUCUGACUUCAGGUGAAAGCUACAGGAGCUUUGCGAGAAGGCAACAAAGCUCCUCUAGCGAAAUUGAGCCCCCUGUGCGGACGCGCCGCGCCGCGAAUGGCCUACCAGGAGAAUUAACCUCGUAUUGAAUCGAGAAGCGAAGUUUCCUCCAGGUUGCCGUACCGGCAAACGUGGCCAAUACGUCUCAAGAAAGGACCUAGCUGAGAUAUCUCCUCCAGUUGAUCACCAUAGAAUCUCGAAGAUAUGUCAUUCCAAAUCCCGGCACGCUAUCCCUUGCCUUGUUCACCGAGCCUGGUGUGCCAGGACCGCUUUGACCUUCUCGAAGCAGAUGAAUGGGAUGUGCCAUUUUGGAGUAUAUUGAAAAAGGCUCUCUCGUUGAAGAUCACUGAUAGCCAUGGUUUGAUCAAUCUCCUGCAGACGAUAGAUGUCACUCUUCGUGGCUGUGCCACCACUGAUCAUGGAUUCCUCCAGACAUUCCUGAGGGGAAUGGGUGAGGCGGCUGAGGGGCAAUUUUUCAAUAGGGUUUGGCCAGUGCUAGUUGAGAUAGCACUGGAGAUGCCCUCACUCUUCCCAGAGUCCUCGCUUCCUAUUCUCUCCGAGCAACAUGACCAAGUAACCCUGUCUAGGCGGCAGGUCGCCUGCCUAGUUGUUCACCAGUUCCUCUGCUCUCUACCAUCUCAGCCGUGGCCGACUGAUAGCUCUCCAGACUUUCGAAUCUGGUAUUCGACUGAUAUCAGGCAUCCGAAGGCUGUAGCGGCUUAUAUAUCCUCAGUCUUUACGUACUUUGGGCGCCUCGCAGGAUCGAGUCAUGGCUCUGACUCCCCAUCCUUAUUGUCGGCAGAAUGGCCAAUCAUCUUUAGACUGCGAACCCUAGGAGUGCAUAAGAGUGCAUUACCGCACACCCUACCAAUGGGAUGUAUGCUUCGGCCCAUGACGGUGACCUACGAGCCUAUCAUCUCGACAAAACCCUCUUUACUUGGCAUCCCUGAUGGGGCGUGCAUCGUUUCCGCAAAUAAGAACGUUGGUUUUGGUCAGAGCGCUACACAAGAAGAGAUGCACGUCGGCUCAACGCCAGAAUCCUGUCCGAUCGUCCUACUCACCCCAACUCUCCAAGACACUCAGAUCUUGGUCGUGCAGGGUGCAGAAGCCAUGACUGUCGUGGAGGGUUAUGGCCGAGAAGCACGGCUCCUGGAAACAUCCUACAAGGACUCCUUGCACGGUGUGCAUCCGCAUACGUGGCAGCGGCGAGUAAUGCUGUUCAUGGAUGCUCUGGAGUUCGACAUGUACGAUUCGUCAGAGGGAGUGCCAGACUUGCUUCCGGGUCAUACGGACAGGGAGCUCCUGAAGGCGUACAACGCAUUCAGUUCACAACAGGGAGGCCACACGUAUUCGAGGAUCGUCACGGGGUUAUGGGGGUGUGGCGCUUUCGGUGGCAACAGGGAAAUUAAAACAAUCCUGCAGUGGUGUGCAGCGUCCUUAGCCGGUGUCAGAUUGGAAUUCAUUUGUUCUGGGGAUGCACAGCGGGAGUUUGCGGACUGUUUGAGGGUAUUCACCCAGAUGGCAUUGGCAAACAAAUGGCAGGUCGGACGAGUUCACGACCUCUUACUUAAUCUCAAGCCUGAUGAUGUUAACGCACGGGGCGUGUUUUCCUACUUGGAGCUGUCAUAUGUCCAGUCUUAA